AUGACCGACCCAGAAGGGUCAGAAAGUGAUUCAAGCUCAUCAUUGAUUCAUGAAAAUAUACUUUUCCCCAGUCUAGGCAAUGGAAGAAACAAAAACCACAGAAAUAAACUGGCAAAACUAAGAGAUGACGUUUGUCUGUUAGAUUCAGACUCAAAUUCAGUUAAUCAUUUAAGAAACACAUUCAUAGCACAAGAGCGCCAACUUCCUUCAGCAGAUGACUAUGCUUUGGAAGAAGUUGACUUGUCUGAUGUUCUGCCGUUGAAUAGUCGACGUCAUUUGGUAUCACCUUUUUCAACUUCAAGUAGUGACAACGUUUCGCUAGAUAGUUCAAUAAUGAACAAAAUUGCAUCAAGUAUAUCGAAAAAUGGCGAUGACGUGGUCGAGCAAACAGGGAAGUUUAAAUAUUUGCGACUAUAUGAAAAAUGGAGAAAGGCAAAGAGUUUAGAUCAAAGAUCCAUGAAUUCAGCUGAUUUUGGGCUGAAUGGUCAAGAUAUACCACUACAAACAAUGGGUUCUCGAGCGUCUUCUGUUUUUAAUUUAUCUCAACUAGAUGAUUUCACCAGAUAUGUUAAAGAAACAUCUUUGAAUGACAGGAUAUUUCAUGAUUUACAAAAGAGACUACCGCACAAACAAGGGGAUCAACUGGGUGAAGAAAGUUUACAAAAUUAUUUGGAUGUUGUUGAUGAGAAAGAUUUGGCCGACAAGUUUUAUCCUACACAAGAAGAGGAAGAGGAACAAGGAGAUCGAAACAAAAGAAGACUAUUCUCCAAAAGAAGCAAGAAGAAAUCUUUAGGAAUGUCCAUGGAGUCACGGACGGGAACAAGUGAUGUUUUAGAUUCAUCCUCGAGUUCAGAUGUUGUCAGUGAUGACCCCCGUUUUCUUCAACGUAAGUUGUCGGUUAGACAUUUACAAAUGAUUUCUUUUGGAGGCACCAUUGGUGUUGGGUUGUUUUUGAAUUCAGGAAAAGCAAUUGCCAUGGCUGGAGGGUUUGGUGCCCUGUUGGCGUUUACCAUAGUGGGGACACUAGUUUUAUGUACAAUAAUGUCAUUUUGUGAAAUGGUUACUUUUGUUUCAGUUAUUGAUGGUGUUUCAGGGCUUUCGUCACGAUUUAUAGAUGAUGCAUUUGGGUUUGCUGCUGGAUGGCUAUACUUUUUAAGUUUUUCUACCGGGGUGGCAGGAGAAAUAGUCGCUGGUGUUAUUAUGUUGUCGUAUUAUCCCCAUUUGAGUACAGCAACAAGUACUGCAUCCACGGCUGGGUUUGUUACCCUAUUUCUUGUUUUGAUUUUGGGAAGUAACUUGGUACAUAUUCAAUUUUUUGGUGAGUUGGAGUACAUGUCGAGUCUAGUGAAAAUGAUUUGGGCAAUUAUUAUGAUGAUUGUAAUGAUAGUUUUAAAUCGAGGUGGAUUUCCCAAUACCCCAGUGUUGGGGUUCAAAUACUGGCAAUACCUGAAAUCUGAUUUUGCAAACAAUAUAAUCUUUGGCUUAUUCCGACCAGCAUUUAAUCUUCAUGAUGAUGGUACGAGUGCUCCCAGUGAAGGUAUUGGUGGCGAUAAAGGUAGGUUUAUGUCAUUGUUGACAGCGAUUUUGGUAGUAUGCUACGCAUAUAGUGGAACAGAAAUUGUUUGCAUUGCUGCAUGUGAAGCCAAGAAUCCCAGAAAGGCAUUGCCAUCAGCAACGAGAAGGGUGUUUUGGAGAAUCAUUAUAUUCUACGUUUUAUCAGCAUUUUUGGUGUCCCUUAAUGUCUAUGCUGGUGAUCCACGGCUAUUACGAUAUUUCCUGGGUAAAACUGGAAUCGACCCUUCUGAGUAUGCCACCAAUCCAGCUGUUAUUCAGGCCGGUGGUGAACAUUGUUCGAUUGACUAUAAGGUCGUUGCUGGGUAUGGCAGUGGUGCCCAAAGUCCAUGGAUAGUGGCACUACAAAGCUCUAGCUUGUGUCAAUUUAGUUCCAUAACAAACGCAUUUUUGGUAUUCUUUGCUGUUAGUUGUGGGAAUGCUCAAUUAUACGUCAGUUCGAGGACUGCCUAUUCUUUGGCACUACAGGGGAAGGCACCAAAAUUACUCACAUACUGUAAUAGAUUUGGAAUACCUUACAAUGCGGUAUUAUUUGCAGGAUCCUUUGGAUUGUUGGCAUUUGCUUGCGUCAAUGAAUCGGCAACCGUGGUUUUCCAAAAUCUCACCAGUUUAAUUGCAUCAUCAGGCAUUUUUGUGUGGUUUACAAUGUGUCUAACGUUUGUUAGAUUCUAUUACGGAUUGAAAAGAAGGCCUGACAUUUUGGAUAGAAAUGAUAAAUCAUAUCCCUAUAAAUCACCUUUCCAACCAUAUUCUGCUAUUGUUGGGUGUAUAGGAACAUUAUUUAUUCUUUUUUCUAUGGGGUUUGUGGUGUUUUUGAAAGGUGAGUGGAACACAAUGUUUUUCUUUUCAAGUUAUGGGUCAAUAAUGAUAUUUACAGUUCUUUACGUUGGUUACAGAUUCAUUAGAGGCACAUCGGUGCCCAGUUUGGAUAAAUUGGACUUUGAUUCUGGGCGCACCGAGAUGGACAGAUACAUAUGGGAUGGAGGGCGAAGUUACAAUAAGAGAAAUGUCAAAGAAGUUGCGCAUAAACUAGUGUCGUUUCUUGCAUGA